UAUAGUUCUUAUAAUAAUACCUGAAUUCUUUUCAUAAAUCCGUAUUUGUUGAAUAUUAUAAAUGGUAAUGGACUAAUUCUACGAGUGUUUUAAAAAUAACGCGAGCUUAAGAAUGUACUCUUAAUGUAUAAAAGUCAGUGAUUUUACAUUUUGUCUUUAUUCUGAGCGCAGGUGUAUUGUGUUAAUUUGGCGUGAAGUAUUUUAAAUAAAUGGUGUAAUAGGAUUUGUGAACUUUGUGCUCAAUUAGUGUAAAAUGUCUCGGAGAAACCAAAACAGGAUGUGCGGUCAGCUUUUGAGUCAAUAUGAUUCCCACCUUCUAGACAUUUAUAAGGCUGAAAUGGGUUACGGCGUAGAGCGUUUCUUCCUCCUGGCUUACUGCUUGGCCUGUUGCUGGCCAGGUCUUGGUGCCAAGACAGGACUAAGGAUAGUUAGACAAUGGGCGGAAUUGGACUUUGUAUUUCCCAGUGAAGCUGUGCAGCAGAUUGCUAUGGAAAGACAGUAUUAUAUAAAAGGAAACUCCGUUCCAUUAGACGUAGAUGUUCAGCAUAAGAAAGGUCCAGAAAAGUCCAGAAUAUUCGUAACCAUACCUCGUUUCGAUAUGGGACGUCCAAUAACGUUCGGUACUGUGGAGGAUGAUAGCCGCAUUCGUGCCUAUCCCGACUACUCUUGGCACGACAAUCAGGGCUUCAAUUGUGAUGGAAUGACUUCUGUUUUUCGAGUCGCUAUAGACAAAUGCCAGCGACUGUGGGUAAUGGAUUCAGGGAAGAUAGGGGAUGCGCAGGUUUGUCAACCUCAACUCCUUGCAUUCAACCUUCAUAAUGACCAGCUGAUAUACCGUCACCGUGUAAAUGCGUCAAGCUAUAUUGCCUCAUCACUAUUCAUAACACCUGUAGUGGACAUAAAGGGGCGCGGUCCAAAUGACUGUUCUGACACAUUUGUGUACGUGGCCGACGUGUCUGGCUUCGGAAUUCUGGUCGUUGAUGUUGACAGAGACCGAUCGUGGAGAGUCUCACAUCGUCACUUUUUCCCUUAUCCAUCGCACGGAUCGUUCAGUAUUGACGGUGAGACCUUUGACUUGAUGGACGGGGUAUUUGGCUUCGCGUUAUCCCCUCGUCUAGCAGAUGGAUAUCGAUUCCUCUACUUCCACGCGCUUGCGUCGGUAAAAGAAAAUGUCGUGCGGACCAGUGUGCUUCAGAACGAUUCUUUCAUCCAUGAUUCAAAUGCUGACCCAAACUCUGUUAGCGUAUUUGAAGAAGAAAGACCAAAUCAAUCAGCAGCUGAAGCCAUGAAUAAGGAUGGCAUUUUGUUCUUCGGUUUAAUGGAACCUCCGGGCAUAUGGUGCUGGAAUUCAGCUACAGAAUACUCAACGAGUAAUUUCCAUCAAAUCGCCAUCAAUAGAGAGACACUACAGUUUGCAAGUGGUGUUAAAAUCGUAACUAACAUCAAAGGCGAAGAAGAGCUUUGGGUCUUAACCUCAAGCUUCCAAAGAGUCAUGACCGGAACUUUAAAUUCCGAUAGAGUUAACUUCAGAAUACAUGCUGAGAAGAUCCCAAAUUUAUUACAGAACUCGCCAUGCGUGAUGACCCCAAAGGACCGCGCGGUGGGUCAUCAUGCCAAUCUGAUCACACCAGACAAACCGAGACAUUUUUACAAGUAUGGGGCUGUAGCAUUUCUUUAGAAAUCCAGGCUAUGUCUCAUAAAAUGCGAGAAGAAUUUGUAUUAAAUCUCAACUAGCCAUACCUACUUGCCCAAUAGAGUAUUAAAAUAGCUAUAGCAUUAAUUUAUAAAUACCAUUUAUUUGAAAUAUUAAACUGACUGUUUUAUAA